ACAGCAGAGUGGAACAUGCGGAUGGUUAGAGCUGCAAGCCAGCCACUCCUGGGUUUACACAGGGGACACGCCAUCACUACUCACUCGAUCAUGGGUAACAUGAUAUUACUUGGUUUGAUUUCAAGCCACUUCUGAGACUUUAAAUCUCCCCAAAAUGGAAAGCCUAGUGUGGUUCUUCCCAGAAGCUCUUGGCUGCUGCUGAUGGCUGAAACCGCACCUGCCGGCGGCUUGCUUGCAGCCCCCGAGACAGCCCAGCCUGUGCCGUUCUGACCAUGGACGGAACGCCAGCUGGAUCUAGUAGUGGCACCCCAGCCGACCCGGAGGCCCUCCUCAAGCCCCUCCUCAAGCCCCCAGGCUCACCGGCACCGCCUGACCAGUGGGACGAAGCCCAGUCAGGUGUUCAUCAGACAGAAGCACAGACUCUGACUCUUUGCCGUAAUUGUUCGGGUGCCAGUGUCCAGGUACACAGAGCUUCAGAUGGAGGAGGAGGAGGCCUGGAUGUACCCAGCAAGGGCGACACCUGUCAGAAUGGGCCGACGCCACCGUUCCCAGACCCUUCGUCACCUCUCGGUUCCCCCACAAGCCCAGGGGGUCCCGAUGCCUCUCCAGGUGUGGCUGGUUUCCCUGACAACCUAAGGAAGUCUCAGGGGACUAGUGCUGAGGGCAGUGUUAGAAAAGAAGCUUUGCAGUCUCUCAGACUCAGUCUUCCUAUGCAAGAAACGCAACUGUGUAAGCAUCUGUUCCCACUGGGCUCUUCCCCACUCUCCCCCAACCCCCUCCUGCAUCCCUUGGUACUCACCACCCUUCAGAGGCACUCCAGUCAGCCUGCGGCUAGAACGAGACUAUCUAGUACACUUGACCCGGAGCUCAUGCUGAACCCAGAAGCCUUGCCCCGGGCCAGUGCUGUGGCCCUGACAAAGGAGUAUUCCUUCCUGCGCACCAGUGUCCCUCGAGGCCCAAAGGUGGGCAGCUUAGGGCUCCUGACACAUCCUAAGGGGAAAAAAAGUUCCAAAUCAAGCAAAAUUCGGUCUCUGGCUGAUUACAAAACUGAAGACGAAGGUUCUGGGAGUUCUGGUGGAAACGUUCCGGCUGUAGACUCUGCCAGGGGCUCUCUGAAGCAGAACCGCAGCAGUGUGGCGUCCGUGGUGUCUGAGGUUAGCCUGUGUCCUGAGGCCGAUGAUCACCUGGAGAAUGCAUCCCUGACGGGUGACAACACGUCUGAGGCCGAUGGGAAUGAGAGCGACAGCUCCUCCCACAGCAGCAUGUCUACCCGCGGGACAUGUGGGCUUCUGGUGAACACCGUGGGCACUCGAGAAGCCUCCUAUGUGGUCAACGGCCAAGAGAUUGCCGCUGGUGCGCUGGGCCAGUUCCCCUCCAUCACGGAUGUCCUCCAGGCCGCAGCAGCUGAGCACCAAGACCAGGGGCAGGAGGUCAAUGGGGAGAUGCGGAGUCGGACAGACAGCAUCUGCAGCAGUGUGUCCCUGGAAAGCUCUGCUGCCGAGACCCAUGACGCCAUGCUGCAGGCCCUUAAAGACAAGAUGAGGCUUGAAGGGCAGCUGGAGGCGCUGUCUGCAGAGGCCAGUCAGGCACUUAAAGAGAAGGCAGAGCUGCAGGCGCAGCUCGCCGCUCUGAGCACAAGGCUGCAGGCACAGGUGGACCAGAGCCACAGCAGCCAGCAGAAGCAGGACUCCCUCAGUUCGGAGGUGGACACCUUGAAGCAGUCUUGCUGGGACCUGGAGCGAGCGAUGACUGACCUGCAGAGCAUGCUGGAAGCCAAGAACGCCAGCCUGGCGUCAUCCAACAGUGACCUGCAGGUGGCAGAGGAGCAGUACCAAAGACUCGUGGCCAAAGUGGAAGAGAUGCAGAGAAACAUCCUCAGUAAGGACAACACAGUGCACGACUUGAGACAGCAGAUGACGGCCCUGCAGAACCAGCUCCAGCAGGUGCAACUGGAACGAGCAACUCUGAGCAGCAAGUUGAAGGCGUCCCAGGCCGAGAUCUCGUCUCUGCAGCAUGUCCGCCAGUGGUACCAGCAGCAGCUCGCCCUGGCCCAGGAGGCCCGGGUCAGACUGCAGGGCGAGAUGGCCCAUAUCCAGGUUGGACAGAUGACCCAGGCAGGCCUCCUGGAGCACCUGAAACUUGAGAACGUGUCCCUGUCCCACCAGCUGACGGAAACCCAGCACAGAUCCAUUAAGGAGAAGGAACGCAUUGCUGUCCAGCUGCAGGGCAUUGAGGCCGACAUGUUGGACCAGGAAGCUGCCUUUGUGCAGAUUCAAGAGGCAAAGACAAUGGUGGAGGAGGACCUGCAGCGGAGGCUGGAGGAGUUUGAAGAUGAGAAGGAGCAGCUGCAGAAGAUGGCGGCCUCGGCUGCAUCCCUGGAACAGCAGUUGGAGCAGGUGAAUUUGACUUUGCAACAGCGAGACCAGCAGCUUGCGGUGUUACAGCAGGAGCACCUCGACCUGCUGAGGCAGCUCACCUCAACACAGGAGACGUUGCAGGCCCGGGAGCAGUCCCUCGGCGACCUGCAGAUGCGCUACGACGAGCUGCAUGCCAGGCUGGAGGAGCUGCAGGGGGAGGCCGCCUCCAGGGACGACACCAUCCGCUUCCUGCAGAAUGAGAAGAUUGUCUUGGAGGUGGCUCUGCAGGCGGCCAGGAGCGGCAGGGAGGAGCUGGACAGAGGAGCCAAGCGCUUGGAAGAGGGCACUGAGGAGACAUCACAGGUUUUAGAGCAGUUGAGGCAAGAGUUAGCCGUGAAGUCCAGCCAGGUGGAGCACCUACAGCAAGAGGCCGCCACCCUGAAAAAGCAGACACAGAAAAUAAAGGAGCAGUUUCUUCAACAAAAGGUGAUGGUGGAGGCCUACCGGCGGGACGCCACCUCCAAGGACCAGCUCAUUGGUGAGCUGAAGGCCACGAAGAAGAGGCUUGACUCAGAGCUGAAGGAGUUGAGGCAAGAGUUAAUUAAACUUCAAGGGGAGAAAAAGUCUGUGGAGGUAGAACAUGUGCGCUUGCAGAAGGAAGUGUCCCAUGUCCAUCAGCAGAUGGCCGACCUCGAAGGGCAUCUCCAGUUGGUGCAGAGGGAGCGCAACGAGAUGGAGACGCACUUGCAGUCUUUGCAGUUUGAUAAAGAGCAGAUGGUAGCUCUUACAGAGGCCAACGAGGUGCUCAAGAAGCAAAUUGAGGAGCUACAGCAAGAAGCCACCAAGGCCAUCACAGAGCAGAAGCAGAGGAUGAAGCGGCUGGGCUCAGACCUGAGCAGCGCUCAGAAGGAGAUGAAGACCAAGCACAAGGCCUAUGAGAAUGCGGUGGGCAUCCUCAGCCGCCGCCUGCAGGAGGCCCUUGCAGCCAAGGAGUCGGCAGACGCAGAGCUGAGCCAGCUGAGAGCCCAGGUGGCCGGCGGUAGCCGUGACCUCCCUCUGCACGAGAGAAUCCAGGCUCUGGAGGCAGAACUGCAGGCUGUUGGCCACAGCAAGACGAUGCUGGAGAAGGAGCUCCAGGAGAUUAUCACACUGACCAGCCAGGAGCUGGAGGAGUACCGGGAGAAGGUGCUGGAGCUGGAGGACGAGCUUCAAGAAUCUAGAGGCUUUAGGAGGAAGAUAAAGCGCCUUGAGGAGUUGAAUAAAAAGUUGGCCCUUGAGUUAGAGCAUGAGCGAGGGAAGCUUACAGGCCUGGGGCAGUCCAACGCAGCUCUGCGGGAACACAACAGCAUCUUAGAAACAGCUUUGGCCAAGAGGGAGGCAGACCUGGUUCAGCUGAACCUCCAGGUCCAGGCAGUCUUGCAGCGGAAAGAGGAGGAGGACCGCCAGACGAAGCAGCUCGUCCACGCCUUACAGGCUGCGCUGGAGCGAGAAAAGGCCACCGUGCACAGCCUCAAGGAACAGGUCGCUGCCGCCAAGGCGGAAGCAGGACAUAACCGCCGCCACUUCAAGGCUGCCACCUUGGAGCUGAGUGAGGUGAAGAAGGAACUGCAGGCCAAGGAGCAGCUGGUGCAGAAGCUGCAGGCUGAGGCCGAGGGUCUCCAGAUUCAAGAGGGGAAACAUUCCCAGGAAAUAGCACAGUUCCAGGAGAAGCUGGAGGAGGCCCGGACCCAGCUCCAACUCCUGCAGAAGCAGCUAGACGAGCAGCUGAGCAAACAGCCUAUAGGGAACCAAGAGAUGGAAAAUCUCAAAUGGGAGGUGGAGCAGAAAGAAAGAGAAGUCCAGUCCUUGAGGCAGCAGCUGAACUUGACCGAGCAGCAGAGUAAGAAGGAACUGGAUGGAAUACAGCAGUUAUCACAGAACAUCAGAGCCGAGUUGGAGAUGGUGCAGGACGAUCUGUCCCUGACCCAGAAAGAUAAAUUCAUGCUUCAAGCUAAAGUGUCAGAGCUGAAGAACAACAUGAAGACUCUGCUCCAGCAAAACCAGCAGCUCAGACUGGACCUGCGGCGUGGCGCAGCGAAGACGAGAAAGGAACUGAAAGGCGAGGCCAGCUCUUCUGGCCCCGUGACGCCAGUGAAGAUCCCUGACUGCCCUGUCCCGGCCUCCCUGCUGGAGGAGCUGCUGAGGCCCCCACCUGCCGUGAGCAAGGAGCCCCUCAAGAACCUCAACAGUUGUCUCCAGCAGCUAAAGCAGGAGAUGGACAGCCUGCAGCGCCAGAUGGAGGCACAUGCCGUCACCGUGCACGAGUCACUGUCCUCAUGGACUCAGGGGGAUCCCGCUGCCAGUGCUGCUCCCCUGGGAGAUCACGCCAACCCCAGGGGAGAUACAGAGCGACACAGUCAGUGCAGGGUCUCCAGAGAGGCGCUUGGAACAGCGGCCGCCGAGCACCCCCACUCCGAGUGCUUGUAACUACCCAAAGGAAUAAUCUUUUAUCAAUAUUAUUUAUUUGACUGUUUGCUCUGUGUUUUUCUAAGAGAUGAAGUUUAAAUUUUGCAUCUGCCUUUUCAAGGAGUAAAAGAACUGAACAAGAGCCAAGGAUUAGAGAAAUAGUAAUUUGCAGAUCACAACUAGCUUUUCCCCUGAAAUGACCAAAUGCUAGCAACCUAGUUUAGAUCUCAGUGAGUUUUUGAAUGUGUCUGAAGGGUUACUUGCGGGAGGAGGUCUCUGUUGAGUGACUGUAGCUGCAGCCCCCUGAGGGUGAUGCCAAUCAGUGGCCACCGGUGGAAACGCUGCAUGACUGGGUCCCGCUUCUCUCUUUCCAGAUUCCGUGAGAGCUUUAGCUCCCUGCGGAAACGAAACUUUAUUUGCACCUUUGGUUUUUAUUUUCAAUAGCUAUCUCACCAUAGGAUGUGUAUAUAAAUACUGAAAAUCAUAAGCUAAUCUUUAAAAAGUGUAUUCCAUAUUAUUUAAGAAUGACCUGAAUUGUCUUUUUAUUGAUCGCCUUUUGAAAAUCUGCUGUCAGGAAGUAACGUACAUGUAGGAUUUAGGGAUGUCAGUCAGAAAAUUAUAUUUUAAGAAAUAUAAUUAUUUUAUUUACUGUACCUUCUAAAACCAAAUAUUCUUGGAGCGAAAAGGUUUUUUGUUUCAGUUUCACUUUAUUUUUGAGAGCCUUGUCCUAAGUGCACACCCCACCCCAUCUGACCCUUGACCCUGCACGGCCUCACUCACUUUGGCUGUCCCCUAGGCGGGCCUGGCGGCCAUAAGGACACCAAUCACCAAUGUGCUGGCCUGACAUGGGAGAUGGUUGGGGAGGGGUCACAGGAGAGGAGGGGAGAGAGGGACCAGGGCUCCCUGCAGGGCUCUGAGCCAGGUGCAAGGCUUCUCCAGGCCUCCUCCCCCCGUCCCCCCCCCAACCCCGGGCCCACAUGAAAAUACGUCCAUCAGAGCCUGUGUGGUCAUCAGUGGUCAUCAGGGGACAUGCUGAACUCAUUGCGGUGACAGCCUUCAGAAGGUCCCGUAACCUCUCAUCUGGAGGGUUUUCUAGAACGGGCAGGUCAGCUGUGUGAGAAGGCAGUGGAGGCCACCCGAGCUCUCCUGUAGGUGAGAGCCUGAUUUGGAAGCAGGCUCCGUGAGCGUGGGAGAUUUACUUGACUGUCUAUGACCCCGGAGGGCUGUAACUUUGUCCCCUAUUGGCCAAGAAAUCUAAGCUGAUAGUGAACUGUUGUCAGAGAAGAGAGGCCCCUGGUGCAGAUCUGCUGGUCUGGAGAUGAAGUUGGAAGUGUUACUGAUCAGGCCAGAUAUGCUCGUGUCAACUUACUACUUACAUCUCUUUUGUGGAGAAAACGGUUUGAUAUUUUUAAGCUGUUUGUGUUCUCUUACGCUAUUAGAAGGUAAAUUGAUAAGGUAGCAUUAACCACAAAGAUGCUUAGUGUUUAAAAAAAAUUCCCUAGCAAGUAUUGAAACUUCUGAAAUACGUAGAUCACUUGUACAGGGUUAAUCUUGAAAUAAUACUUGAAGACUUCAUUAUAAAUAUAUCCUAUUUUCAUCUUAAGUUGGAAAUCGUUUUUGACAAAAUUGUUUUUGUACCAUUAGAAAAGAAAAAUCGUAACUUACAUUCUUAUUUAUUUUGGGUGUUUUAUCCUCAGUUUUAAUUUUAAAACCAAGACAUGACACUCAGCCUCAUGCUGUGGCUACUUUCUCACUGCUGCUUAUUGGAGGUCUCCCAGUGAAAGCCGGUCACUGUGCAUUUUUUAUUAGGAAAGGGUAAACGGAUUCUGAAUAAUCCUCAAGUGAAAGCAGAUUUCUGUUCCUCACCCUGUUUCCCUCAUGUCUUACUUGUGUCUGUGCACCUGCGGGCUUGUGCGGGCCUGCAGUAGCCGCGCCCCCUGCUCUCCUGCUGUCCUGUGCCACCGUCGUGGUCACCCCAUCUUUCAGUUCCGUCAACACCAGCCUGCCUCUGGUCUGACCUCCCUGGCUGUCCCCACGCACUGUGAUGUUUCUUGUGUGGCCUGCAGCUCCUGACCUGGGGCCCUUUUGUUCAAGCUGACACCACCUUUAGGCUUCUUAACAAGUCACUUGGAAGAGGAAGUUGGACUUUGAAAUCACCUGCUUCUGAUUUAUUGAGGGUUAUUAUUAUUUUUUUAAUCUCUAAGGGACUUGAUUGGCACUUCUACCUCCCAGGCUACAUUCUGCAGUGAGUAUCAUUUGAAAUAUUCUGUUUGUGGGCAGAAGUGGGAAUUUGGAAUUUACUCAUGGAAAACAACAGUCCAGUCGAUUAUUUAUAGGAACAGGCUUGCUGUUACAGUAUGUUUGUGUAUAUUAUUCAUCCUGUGUGAUGAAUACCGUAUUUCUUGUUUCUCUUAUGUUCCAAAAAAAAAGCUUAUUGCAGUGUGGUUAUCACUGAUUUUUCCAUGGAACACAUUGGAUAGAUGCCACGGAUCUUACGGAUUUACAUAGGUUUUGUUCUACUGUUUGGAAGGUCUAACAGGCAAGGGUUUGAUAGGCUUUUUCUCUGGCCUGGGUCCAGGUCAUGGGACAGACCUGCUAGGAAGAUUCUCAUUACACUCUUUCUUAGUUUGAAGACUUUUCUUGGUGUAGGGUUACUUACUGCAGAAGCCACGGCAUAUAGUCCUACUCCUAUGAGUAACUUUUUAAAUAGAAAUGAAAUGUCCUGUGUAAAGAUUUCUAGUAGUGAAAGGGACCAGUAUAUCUGAAAGACAAAUGUCCUGGAGCCUUCCUCAAGGACCCCUGUGACGUGUGAGACGUCCUGAGCCUUACGCAAACACGUUCCAGGCAAAUCUGAUUGUGUGGUGGUCUCAGGUUAUAAUAGGACCCUUGAAGGUAAUGUUGUAGAGGGUCUAGAAAACUGGAUGGCUUUAAGUUACUCAUUUCUGUUAAAAAUUUCCUCAUGAAAGGGAGUCCUCAGGUUGGGGCUGUUAGGGAAAAGGUGUCACCAUGCCCAACGAAUUGUAACUUUAAAAAGCAUGUUGAUUUUUUAUAAAUUUAAGUGUGCUGGGGAAUUCCUUAAAUUUUGUGCAAUAAACUAUUUUUUGUUAAA